CUAAGUGGAUAAAUCAUCAUCAUCGUAAUCAUUCACUACAUGUAUCUCUCUCCUCUUCAACCAAACUAAUCACUUGUUUGUCACUUUUCAUGUCAUUUUGGGUUAUUUAAGCCAAUACCCUUAUCAUCUGAAUCCACGGUUCCAAGAGCAAAUAUGGGUUUUGCUAAGAAAGAAUAUGACUUUCUGAAAGAGAUCGGAUUAAGUUCUGAGAAUCUGGGGUGUUUUGUGGAUGGCACGUGGAAGGCACAUGGGCCUGUGGUCUCUUCAGUGAAUCCUGUUAACAAUCAGACAAUUGCUACUGUUAUGGAGGCUUCAAUUGAUGAUUAUGAGGAAGGAAUGAGAGCCUGCAGUGAAGCAGCAAAGAUAUGGAUGACUGUUACUGCCCCAAAGAGAGGGGAGAUUGUUAGACAGAUAGGAGAAGCAUUGAGAGAGAAACUCUGCCAACUCGGUCGUCUUGUCUCACUUGAAAUGGGAAAAAUCCUUGCAGAAGGAAUUGGAGAAGUUCAAGAAAUCAUUGACAUGUGUGAUUUUGCUGUGGGUUUAAGCCGGCAAAUUAAUGGGUUGAUUAUUCCUUCAGAACGUCCAAAUCAUAUGAUGUUAGAGACGUGGAAUCCUCUGGGAGUAGUUGGUGUAAUUACAGCAUUUAACUUCCCAUGUGCUGUUCUUGGAUGGAAUGCCUGCAAUGCACUUGUAUGUGGCAACUGUGUUGUUUGGAAAGGUGCUCCAACAACUCCUUUGAUCACCAUAGCAAUAACAAAGCUAGUGGCUGCGGUUUUAGAGAAGAACAAGUUACCUGGGGCAAUUUUUACUGCCUUUUGCGGUGGUGCUGAAAUUGGCCAAGCAAUUGCGAAAGAUACACGAAUUCCUCUGGUUUCAUUUACUGGGAGUACAAAGGUGGGUUUAAUGGUGCAAAAAACAGUAAAUGAGAGAUUUGGUAAAUGUUUGCUUGAAUUAAGUGGAAACAAUGCUAUAAUUGUCAUGGAUGAUGCUGACAUCAAGCUAGCUGUUCGUUCCAUUCUAUUUGCCGCUGUUGGCACAGCAGGCCAGCGCUGCACAACUUGCCGUAGGCUGAUUCUUCAUGAAAGUAUAUAUCAAACAGUGUUGGAUCAACUAGUUGAGCUCUACAAACAAGUUAAGGUGGGAGAUCCGUUGGAAAAAGGUACCUUGCUUGGGCCAUUGCAUACUCCCACGUCAAGGCAGAACUUUGAGAAAGGAAUAGAGAAAAUAAAAUCUCAGGGAGGGAAGAUCCUUACAGGUGGUACAGUUAUAGAGUCUGAGGGAAACUUUGUUCGGCCCACAAUAGUUGAGAUUUCUCCAAAAUCAAAUGUUGUUCAAGAAGAGCUGUUUGCACCUGUUCUGUAUGUCAUGAAAUUUAAGACUUUUGAAGAAGCUGUUGAAAUAAAUAAUUCGGUACCCCAAGGAUUAAGUAGUUCCAUUUUCACGCAGAAGCCUGAACUUAUUUUUAAAUGGUUAGGGCCACUUGGAAGUGACUGUGGUAUUGUCAAUGUAAAUAUUCCCACAAAUGGGGCUGAGAUUGGUGGUGCUUUUGGUGGUGAAAAGGCUACAGGUGGUGGCCGUGAAGCAGGAAGUGACUCUUGGAAGCAAUACAUGCGACGAUCAACUUGCACAAUCAAUUAUGGAAAUGAAUUACCACUGGCCCAAGGAAUCAAUUUUGGCUAGUCUGAACCCUUAUCCGGCAAGUGUGCUAACUUUUCUGUUGUGACAUAAGCAGCAAACUGCAGAGAAGCUGGUAAGGUUCCAGUAACUGCAAACUGCAGCAAAAUAACAGCAAAGAAAGAUCAAGCAAAUUCAUUCUUCUUACUCUUUCACCUUGUCAAAGUUGUUCCAUGAAUGUUGCCAUUCACUGCACGAAGAGGAAAUUGUUCUUUCUUCAAUCACUGAUGUAAAGAAAGUUUACUAUAAAGCAACAGGCUGGAUUUUCCUUUA